CAGAAUCUAACAACCACCUAAUCGAGUAGAGUGAUCACCAUUUCCUGAGUCAUGAUGAUAAAUUUACGCCUAAACUCAAACUAUAUUAUGAUAUUACUCACCUAACUAUCAAACUCUUUUACAACCACACGUAAACUAUGUAUUUGUUCCUUCUUUCAACUUUUACAACAAAAAUAGAAACCACUGUUCUACACAUUUUUUAAUUCUUUGUUGUGAGGGUUAAACACAUAACCGUUAUGAGUGCGAGAAAGUGCAGACCCACCUCGCACACACUGUCUGCUACACACUCUUCUUUGAAUUUUCUGCCAUUAUUAUUCCUUUGUUUCCUUCUUCCGUUUCACACUUUGCCCCAUACUUCUUUUCUGCGUUUGGAACCCAAUCAAUUACACACAACGUAACAAAAACACACUCAACAUCAUUACUCCCACCCCUUCAAGGUAUAACUCGUCAAAAACAAAGACAACAACCUUCAUCAUUCUAACAACAUUACUCUCACUGUUUCCUCGGCAUCACCGAAUCGGACCACCCCAUCUUCGUUACCCAAUGCCGCCACGUCAAACGCCCUUCUUCAUCGUGUUUCUAUGUUUUUUCAAUGCCUGUUCUUCUGUCUCCGCCACCCAAUUUGACUUUGGAACCUUAACCAUGAGCACAUUGAAGCUUCUCGGUGAUGCCCAUUUGAACAACAACACCGUCAGUCUCACCGGCGACCCCGCCGUCCCGAACUCCGCUGCUGGUAGAGCGCUUUACUCCGACCCCGUCAGAUUCCGGCAACCGGGGUCCCCUUCUCCGGCGAGCUUUGCCACCUUCUUCUCGUUCUCCGUCACCAACCUCAAUCCAUCCUCCGUCGGCGGUGGCCUCGCGUUCGUAAUCUCGCCGGACUCCACCGCUGUCGGCGAUUCCGGUGGCUUCCUCGGUCUGCAAAACCCCGCCGCCGCCACAGGCGGGGGCGGCGGGUUCGUCGCUGUUGAAUUCGACACCCUGAUGGACGUGGAAUUCAGCGACAUUAAUGGAAACCAUGUGGGGUUGGACUUAAACAGCGUUGUUUCGGCUCAAGUUAGCGAUUUGGGAGGCGUUGGAGUGGAUCUUAAAAGCGGUGACUCGGUGAACGCGUGGAUCGAGUACGAUGGAAACAGCAAAGGGUUGCGCGUGUGGGUCUCGUACUCGACUGUGAGGCCGAAAGAUCCGAUUUUGAAGGUGGAUCUCGAUGUCGGUAUGUAUGUUAAUGAUUUCAUGUAUGUGGGGUUUUCUGGGUCUACCCAAGGUAGCACGGAGGUGCACAGCGUCCAGUGGUGGAGUUUCAAUUCCUCCUUCGAUUCCGCGGCCGCUCCUGCCACCACGUCAGCACCCUCCGGCACUUCAGCACCUGAGCAGAAGGAGAGUAAGUCUUCUAGGAAGGGUACUGUGGGGGCUGUUGCUGGGGUGGUGACUGCUGGGGCUUUUGUUCUUGCUCUCUUUGCUGGUGCAUUUAUUUGGGUGUAUUCUAAGAAGGUGAAGCGAAUGAAGAAAUUUGAUCACUCUAUUGAGUCGGAGAUUAUCAGAAUGCCUAAGGAGUUCAGCUACAAGGAGCUGAAAUUUGCCACUAAGGGGUUCAGUGCUAACAGGGUCAUUGGACAUGGCGCUUUUGGGACUGUGUACAAGGGUGUGCUGCCUGAGAGUGGUGACACUGUUGCGGUGAAGAGGUGUAACCAUAGUGGUCAAGGUAAGAGUGAGUUUCUGUCUGAGUUGUCAAUAAUUGGGAGUCUGAGGCAUCGGAAUCUGGUUCACCUUCAAGGUUGGUGCCAUGAGAAAGGUGAGAUUUUGUUGGUGUAUGACUUGAUGCCCAAUGGGAGUUUAGAUAAGGCUUUGUAUGAGGCUAGGAUGCCUUUGUCAUGGCCUCACAGGCUAAAAAUUUUGCUAGGUGUGUCAUCUGUGUUGGCCUACUUGCAUCACGAAUGUGAAAACCAGGUAAUUCAUAGGGACAUUAAGACUAGUAACAUUAUGUUAGAUGAAGGGUUCAAUGCUCGGUUAGGCGAUUUUGGUUUAGCAAGACAAACACAACAUGAUAAGUCUCCUGAUGCCACUGUGGCUGCCGGAACAAUGGGGUACCUUGCCCCAGAGUAUGUGCUAACUGGUAGAGCAACUGAGAAAACUGAUGUGUUUAGCUAUGGUGCGGUGGUUCUUGAGGUGGCCUGUGGGAGGAGGCCUAUUGAGAAAGAUGCAGCUGCAAAUGGUAAAGUUGGGGUUAGCAGCAAUUUGGUGGAAUGGGUUUGGAGUUUGCAUCAAGAAGGUAAGUUGCUAACCGCAGCUGAUACAAGGCUUCAAGGUGAGUUUGAAGAAGGGGAAAUGAGGAGAGUGCUCUUAGUUGGGUUAGCUUGUUCACACCCAGAUUCAAUGGCAAGACCAACUAUGAGGGGUGCGGUUCAGAUGCUGCUCGGUGAGGCUGAAGUGCCUAUUGUCCCUAGAGCCAAACCUUCUACUAGUUACAGUACUUCUCACCUCUUGUUGAGCCUGCAAGAUAGUGAAUCUGACUGUAAUAAUGCUAUGAUCACCAUCUCUACCUCCUCCUCAGAGAACAGCCUCAGUGGCAGACAUAUACUCUGAUACAACUCUAGAGUGCAUCUUGCCAUUUUUUAAUUAUUUACCCAAAAUGUAGAUAGACCGAUAUUUAUUCUUUGGUUGAUGUAUGUAAACGUCAAUAACAUUACAAUUAAAGGCCUUGAGAAAGGAAAGAAUUUUGGGGAUUGAGCAAUUUUGCCUGUAGCAUUCACAGUUUGUAGUAGAGUGAUUCUGUUGUACAUUUUUUUGUAUUAAAUUAAAUGGAUCUUGAUGCAGAGAAAUGCAAGAUGCUGGUGUUGAAUUAGAGUGUUACAUGCAAUCUAGGGAAGGUCGUUGGUUUGCAUAUAUUGUUGUUCACUUGUUCCACUUCUAAUUCGUGUGCAGUAGAUCAGAGCAAGUUGGAAUCAACUGACUGAUGCUAAACAGCAAUAUCUCUGUAGCCUUCCUUUUUCUAGAAAUCCAGGAUUUGUACUAUAAAAAUUGGCAAUUUGAUUCCCUUUUCUGUUUUGAUGUAAUCUAUAUUUUAGUAUCAUGCUGAGGCACCAAGUCUUUUUCAAAUUUGUUAAAUUCAUUUGAAGAAUUUUAUGUAAGGAUACAUAUCUAUUCAAUAACAGUUUUUUUAUCCUGGAACCUGACUGGGAGCUUCUGCAUAUAGCUAAUAAUAUGUUACAUAUGAACUCCUGCUGCCAUAUACAACAAUCUAGAGUAAGGAACCAUCACCUAAUUUUCAAUUUCAACUUUGUAAUUAAUUUCUAGUGUACUCCUUGUGAUACUUUCUUGAAUCAGCACUGUUCUUAGCCUCACAUUUCAAGGUGUUUUUCUCCUUGUUUAGGUUGCUAUCCAUGCUUCUCUGUGUGAUACUAUUACAACUCACUCACCAUGGCUGCAAGUCUGUCAUAUUGACUUUUUUUCCAAUUUUUGGAUUGUGACAUUGGACCUGCUUUGUUGGCACAUAAGAGUGAGAAUCAUUUACUACUUCAGUCUUUCUUUUUUAAUUUUUUUAUUUGCUUUGUGACUAGAACGU